GAGGAGAGGAGAGGAGAGGAGAACGCGAGGGCUGAGGCGGUGCGAGCGGCGGGAGCCCGGUGCGGGGAGCGGGCCAGAAGCUGUCUCCUGCAGAGCCUGAGGAUAGCUAAUGGCAUGAGACUAUGGAUUUGGAUGUCUCGAUGGAUACGUGGAACUUCUUCUAUACUUGCCUGGUGUCCUUCUGGCUGCACAGAUUCUACAUCUAUUCUGCUGUUGCUUUUGGGAUCAGCAUUUGGAUUGUUAUGCAGUUCACCACCAUCAAACUCAAGAAGAAAGUGACUGAACAUGCUGGAAUAUCCCAGGGGAAUCCUGCUGCUUCUGAAAGAGUAAAAGACAAGCUUGUAAAUGGAUGUGCCACCCUGCAGGCCAAGGAGGUCUAUGUUGCUGGGGUGAAGAUUUUCUAUGGGUCUCAGACUGGCACAGCAAAGAGAUUUGCCAAAGAUCUGGCUGAAGCAGUUACUUCCCUUCAUUUGCCUGUGGAAGCCAUUAGCAUGGGAGACUAUGAUCCAGAUGAUUGUUUAUCAGAGGAGACAACCAGCAGGAAUGUUUGCGUGUUCUUGGUGGCGACAUACACCGACGGGCAGCCCCCCGAGAGCGCCGCCUGGUUCUGCAAGUGGUUAGAGGAGGCUGCGAGCGACUUCCGCUUUGGGAAAACACAUCUGAGAGGCCUGAGAUACGCUGUGUUUGGCUUGGGAAACUCUGUCUAUGUUGAUCAGUACAACACAGUUGGAAGAAACAUUGACAGGUGGCUGUGGAUGCUCAGUGCCAGCCGCAUCAUGACGCGUGCCGAGGGCGACUGCAACGUGGCCCAGAGCAAGCACGGCAGCAUUGAGGCUGACUUUGAAGCCUGGAAAGCCAAGUUCCUCAGUCGACUCCAGGCCCUCUGCAGAGGGGAAAAGAAGCCCUGCAGUGAGAAGUGCAAGAAAGAGAAGUGCAAAUCUCUGGGGAAGCAGAGCAAGGAGAGCUCAGAUCAUGAACACAAGGCAUCAGAAUACAAGAAAACUGAGGCUGAGGAGUUGUUUGAAACCAGUAGUGAGGAGGAGGCUGAUGCUGAGGAGCAUGGUGGCACAAAUUCUGUUGUUGAUGUUGAAGAUCUCGGCAAUAUCAUGAGCCACAUGAAGAAAGCAAAGAGAGAACGUGAGCUUGAGGAAGGAGAUGCUGGAAUGAGCCUGACUGGAGAGAACAGUGGGAGGAAGGAGGAGAGUGAAAAGAGAGAAAUGAUAACCCCAGCUCUGAGAGAAGCACUCACAAAACAAGGCUACAGACUGAUCGGUGGCCAUUCUGGGGUGAAGCUCUGCCGCUGGACAAAGUCGAUGCUUCGAGGCCGAGGAGGCUGCUACAAGCACACGUUUUAUGGCAUUGAGAGCCACCGCUGCAUGGAGGCCACACCGAGCCUGGCCUGUGCCAACAAAUGUGUCUUCUGCUGGAGGCAUCACACCAAUCCAGUGGGCACAGAGUGGCGAUGGAAGAUGGACCAACCUGAAAUGAUCUUGCAGGAGGCUAUUGAGAACCAUCAGAAUAUGAUCAAGCAGUUCAAGGGUGUGUCGGGAGUGAAGGCAGAUCGCUUUGAGGAAGCCCUGGCAGUGAAGCACUGUGCCCUGUCCCUGGUGGGAGAGCCCAUCAUGUACCCUGACAUCAACCGCUUCGUGAAGCUCCUGCACCAGCACAGCAUCUCUAGUUUCCUGGUUACAAAUGCACAGUUCCCAGAUGAAAUUAGGAACCUUGUGCCAGUAACACAGCUGUAUGUCAGCGUGGAUGCCAGCACCAAAGAAAGCCUGAAGAGAAUUGAUCGUCCCCUCUUCAAGGAUUUCUGGCAGAGGUUUCUAGACAGUUUAAAGGCCUUGUCUGAAAAGCAACAGCGCACGGUGUAUAGGCUGACACUGGUGAAGGCUUGGAAUGUGGAUGAACUCAAAGCCUAUGCUGACCUGAUAUCCCUUGGGAAACCAGAUUUCAUCGAGGUCAAGGGUGUGACGUACUGCGGUGAAAGCUCAGCCAGCAGCCUGACCAUGGCCAAUGUCCCCUGGCAUGAGGAGGUGGUGGGCUUUGUCCAGGAGCUGGCCAGCCUCAUCCCUGACUACGAAAUUGCCUGUGAGCAUGAACACUCCAACUGUCUCCUGAUAGCUCACAAAAAGUUCAAGAUCAAGGGCGAGUGGUGCACGUGGAUCGACUACGAGCGCUUCCAGGAGCUGGCGCGAGAGCACGAGCGGAGCGGCGGCUCCAGAACCUUCACAGCGGCCGAUUACGCGGCCACAACCCCGCCCUGGGCACUCUUUGGGUCCAGGGAAAGGGGAUUUGACCCCGUGGACGUGAGAUAUCAGCGGAAAAACAGAGCCAGGGACAUCUCUGGGUGCUGAAGUCCCGGCUUCCUCACCCAUCCCCGGCCGGGCUGGCCCCUGAGCUUUGUUCUCCAUUUCUCCCCUAACACUGAUGGGUUUUUAAUCAAUUCACCUAGAUUUUCCUGACAUCUGAUGUUGAGAAAGAAGGUAAAGCCUUUAUUUAAGACAUCCCUCUUGUUUUUAAGGGCUUCCUGGCUGCAAAUAUUUGUGAUACUCCCUGCCUGAGGAUGUGUCCCAGAUGGUGCGUGGCAGCAAUUGAUGGGAACUGGCAGCGCUGAUGGGGCAGCGGCUGUGGCUUCCACACCACAGAGUGUUUGGAGUUGGCUGUGGAGGGAGGAAGCAUCCCUUUGACUUGUGUGCCCUGCUGUGGGGAGAGCCUGGCACGUGCUGGCACUCACCUUGGCGGCAAAAUGCUCUGAGUCCAUAAGGAUAUAAGCGCUCGGGGGAUUUGAGUGCCACAGGCUGAUCGGAUCUGUGCAGGUGGAACCGUGGAUGGAGCUGGAUCAAAGAGCCUGAGCACUGCUGGAAGUAUCCAGGAACAAAGACUCAUGCCAAACACUGCUGCCAAUUCCCAUCAGGACCCCAACCCCAAGAAGCUGAAGCUUGGGGAUGGUGGAAGUAACAGCCCCACUCUUGAUACCAUCUGCAGCUUCUGAUACCUCUCCAAGUGUUUUCCAACGAAGUGGGUUUGGCAGUGAAUAUUUUCCAAGUGGUUUUAUCCCACUCCCUCAGCAGCCCUAAACAACAGGUAGAAUUCUUCAGAGCCCUGUUGGACUCGUGCUGGUGCUGAGGAUGUGCUGUGGGGAGCCAGCAGGCCUGGGUGGCAGCAGGUGGCUUCCUUUGCCUCAGUCAGCCAAGUGGGCAGCCUGGCUGGUGGCUUGGGUGGAGGUGCUAAUCUGGUGUAAAUGAAAACUGAGGCCAGCUGAGAUCUCUUGUGUCAAGAAACCAACUCUUUAGUUUGGAGAGAUGAUGUUCAGACAGGAGAUCCAGCAUUGUGCCCUCACGUGCUGCUCUUGGAGACCCUGGGCCACACCUGAUGCUCCAGGUACUGUGGCCUGGCCAGAAAAUGCCAUUUAAAUACAAAGGGUGGUUGUUUUCAGUUGGGGAAAAUCCCCAUGUUUGGAGCCUACACGCUUUCUCUCUGUUCAUGCACAUCCCCAUGAGCUGCAGGCCCUGGUGAGCUGCAGAGGAUCUGGCUCCAGCCAGGCAGAGCCCUGGGGUCUGGCUGGGCCUUUGCUUACCCAAUGGCUGAACUAGGCUACGAGGCUUUUGCUUCCCAACUGGCUCCUGUGCCUCUGCCCAAGGCUUCCACCCCUUGGCAGCCCCCAAGGCAUGGGCAGUGCUGGCUGCCCUCCUCCCUGUGCCCAGACAGCCUUUCAGGGAGAGCAGGCAGAGGGCACUGGGGCUGUACUUGGGAACAGUUGCACUGGGCAUCCCUGGGGUUGGGGUUGUAACCCUUGGGUUUUAUUUUUCUCUCUCCCUCUGUUAUGUUUCUUUUCAUUACUUAUUAUUGUACAUCUUAAUUGUUGCUGUUAUAUUUUAUUUCAUCUUAGUUAGUAAACUGUUCUUA